AAAAGGGUGGGUGGGAUGGGUGUUGAUUACUACAAAGUAUUAGGUGUGGAUCGAAACGCUAGUGAUGAUGAUCUGAAAAAAGCUUAUCGUAAACUCGCUAUGAAGUGGCAUCCUGAUAAAAACCCUAAUAAUAAAAAAGACGCUGAAUCCAAAUUCAAAACCAUCUCUGAAGCCUAUGAUGUUUUGAGUGAUCAGCAAAAGAGAGCGAUAUACGAUCAAUACGGUGAGGAGGGUUUGAAAGGGCAGGUGCCCCCUCCCGGUCAUGGCGGGUUUUCUGGAAUGCACCAUGAUGGUGGUUCGUCGUCGUUUAGGUUUAAUCCUAGGAACCCGGAAGAUAUAUUUUCCGAGUUCUUUGGAUUUUCUAGUCCUUUUGGUGGGAUGGGAGGGGCACACGGAGGAGGUGGCCCGUUUCAGAGGAGUAUGUUUGGUGAAGAUAUUCUUUCUCAUCUUAGAGGUGGGGCUGGUAACGGUGUUGGUGAAGGAUCCCCUAGUAUGCCUCCUAGGAAAGGUGCAAUGAUUGAACGUACAUUGCCCUGUAGCCUGGAGGAUUUGUUUAAGGGGACUACUAAGAAGAUGAAAAUUUCAAGAGAUGUUACUGAUGGUACAGGGAGACCAACCACAGUGGAAGAAAUUCUUGCCAUAGAGAUCAAACCAGGUUGGAAAAAGGGCACCAAAAUAACUUUCCCUGAAAAGGGAAACCAGCAGCGAGGUGUAAUUCCCUCUGAUCUUGUGUUCAUAAUUGAUGAGAAACCGCAUGCUGUCUUCAAGAGAGAUGGUAACGACCUUGUUGUUACCCAAAAGAUAUCUCUAGCUGAAGCUCUUACUGGCUACACUGCACAAAUCUCGACCCUUGAUGGACGGAGCUUAACCAUUCCUAUCAACAGUGUGAUUAGUCCUACAUAUGAAGAAGUAGUAAAAGGAGAAGGCAUGCCUAUACCGAAAGAACCAACAAAAAAAGGGAACUUAAGGGUCAAAUUUGAUAUUAAGUUCCCUGCAAGAUUGACAUCUGACCAGAAAAAGGGUAUCAAGCAGCUGUUGACAUCAUGAGGUUGUGUCACAAGGCCGGUGAACUUCUAUAGUGGUGUCUUUAAAAUUUCUUGUUUUAGAUGUUAAAACCGAUGCUUUCAAAUUAUUAUUAGAUAUUUAUUUGUCAAAGGAAUCUUGUGACUUCUGGUCAUCAAGUUGGUUGGCUAGAUUUUGGUCUAUUUUGUGUCAUAUCUGCAUUACUCCUAUGAAUUGAAAUCUUAAGUUGUGAA